CGCAGGCGCCGGCGGAGGGCGGGCUGAGGCAGCUGUAGCGGCGGCGGCGGCGGCUCCGGCAGAGGGGCGGGAGCUGAGGCGGGAGCGGACCGGCUGGUGGGCGAGCGAGAGGCGGCGGAAUGGUGGACUACCACGCGGCGAACCAGUCGUACCAGUACGGCCCCAGCAGCGCGGGCAAUGGCGCUGGCGGCGGAGGUAGCAUGGGCGACUACAUGGCCCAGGAGGACGACUGGGACCGGGACCUGCUGUUGGACCCGGCCUGGGAGAAGCAGCAGCGCAAGACCUUCACAGCCUGGUGCAACUCCCACCUGCGCAAGGCCGGCACGCAGAUCGAGAACAUCGACGAGGACUUCCGCGACGGGCUCAAGCUCAUGCUCCUGCUCGAGGUCAUUUCGGGGGAGCGGCUCCCCAAGCCGGAGCGUGGGAAGAUGAGAGUGCAUAAGAUCAACAACGUGAACAAAGCGCUGGACUUCAUCGCCAGCAAAGGGGUCAAGCUGGUCUCCAUCGGGGCGGAAGAGAUCGUGGACGGCAAUGCGAAGAUGACCCUGGGCAUGAUCUGGACCAUCAUCCUGAGGUUCGCCAUCCAGGAUAUCUCUGUGGAAGAGACCUCUGCCAAGGAGGGGCUCCUUCUGUGGUGCCAGAGAAAGACGGCGCCGUACAAGAACGUCAACGUGCAGAACUUCCACAUCAGCUGGAAGGAUGGUCUCGCCUUCAAUGCCCUGAUCCACCGGCACAGGCCAGAGCUGAUCGAGUAUGACAAGCUGAGAAAGGAUGACCCCGUCACCAACCUGAAUAAUGCCUUUGAAGUGGCCGAGAAAUACCUCGACAUCCCCAAGAUGCUGGAUGCGGAAGACAUCGUGAACACGGCCCGGCCCGACGAGAAGGCCAUAAUGACCUAUGUGUCCAGCUUCUACCAUGCCUUUUCGGGAGCGCAGAAGGCUGAGACUGCCGCCAACCGGAUCUGCAAGGUGCUGGCUGUCAACCAGGAGAACGAGCACCUGAUGGAGGAUUACGAGCGGCUGGCCAGCGAUCUCCUGGAGUGGAUCCGGCGCACCAUCCCCUGGCUGGAGGAUCGCGUGCCCCAGAAGACGAUCCAGGAGAUGCAGCAGAAGCUGGAGGACUUCCGGGACUACCGGCGCGUGCACAAGCCGCCCAAGGUGCAGGAGAAGUGCCAGCUGGAGAUCAACUUCAACACGCUGCAGACCAAGCUGCGCCUCAGCAACCGGCCCGCCUUCAUGCCCUCCGAGGGCAGGAUGGUGUCGGACAUCAACAACGGCUGGCAGCACCUGGAGCAGGCCGAGAAGGGCUACGAGGAGUGGCUGCUGAACGAGAUCCGCAGGCUGGAGCGGCUCGACCACCUGGCCGAGAAGUUCCGGCAGAAGGCCUCCAUCCACGAGGCCUGGACCGACGGGAAGGAGGCCAUGCUGAGGCAGCGGGACUACGAGACGGCCACCCUGGCGGACAUCCGGGCUCUCAUCCGCAAGCACGAGGCCUUCGAGAGCGACCUGGCCGCACACCAGGACCGCGUGGAGCAGAUUGCGGCCAUUGCCCAGGAGCUCAACGAGCUGGAUUACUACGACUCCCACAACGUCAACACCCGGUGCCAGAAGAUCUGCGACCAGUGGGACGCCCUGGGCUCCCUGACCCACAGCCGCAGGGAGGCCCUGGAGAAAACGGAGAAGCAGCUGGAGACCAUCGACCAGCUGCACCUGGAGUACGCCAAGCGGGCCGCUCCCUUCAACAACUGGAUGGAGAGCGCCAUGGAGGACCUUCAGGACAUGUUCAUUGUCCACACCAUCGAGGAGAUCGAGGGCCUCAUCUCCGCCCACGACCAGUUCAAGUCCACCCUGCCGGAUGCCGACAGGGAGCGAGAGGCUAUCCUGGCCAUCCACAAGGAGGCCCAGAGGAUCGCCGAGAGCAACCACAUCAAGCUGUCGGGCAGCAACCCCUACACCACCGUCACCCCGCAGAUCAUCAACUCCAAGUGGGAGAAGGUGCAGCAGCUGGUGCCGAAGCGGGACCACGCGCUCCUGGAGGAGCAGAGCAAGCAGCAGUCCAAUGAGCACCUGCGCCGCCAGUUCGCCAGCCAGGCCAACGUCGUGGGGCCCUGGAUCCAGACCAAGAUGGAGGAGAUCGGGCGCAUCUCCAUCGAGAUGCACGGCACCCUGGAGGACCAGCUGAGCCACCUGAAGCAGUACGAGCGCAGCAUCGUGGACUACAAGCCCAACCUGGACCUGCUGGAGCAGCAGCACCAGCUCAUCCAGGAGGCGCUCAUCUUCGACAACAAGCACACCAACUACACCAUGGAGCACAUCCGCGUGGGCUGGGAGCAGCUGCUCACCACCAUCGCCCGCACCAUCAACGAGGUGGAGAACCAGAUCCUCACCCGCGACGCCAAGGGCAUCAGCCAGGAGCAGAUGCAGGAGUUCCGGGCCUCCUUCAACCACUUCGACAAGGACCAUGGUGGGGCGCUGGGGCCUGAGGAGUUCAAGGCCUGCCUCAUCAGCCUGGGCUACGACGUGGAGAACGACCGGCAGAAGCAGACAGGCAGCAUGGACUCCGAUGACUUCAGGGCUCUGCUUAUCUCCACAGGAUACAGCCUGGGCGACGCCGAGUUCAACCGCAUCAUGAGCGUGGUUGACCCCAACCACAGCGGCCUCGUGACCUUCCAAGCCUUCAUCGACUUCAUGUCCAGGGAGACCACGGACACGGACACGGCCGACCAGGUCAUCGCCUCCUUCAAGGUCCUGGCCGGGGACAAGAACUACAUCACCGCCGAGGAGCUGCGGAGGGAGCUGCCCCCCGACCAGGCCGAGUACUGCAUCGCCCGCAUGGCGCCCUACCAGGGCCCCGACGCCGUGCCCGGCGCCCUCGACUACAAGUCCUUCUCCACAGCCCUGUACGGCGAGAGCGACCUGUGAGGUCCCCUGCAGAGAGACCCGGAUGAACCCCUCCUCACGCCUCCAGGAGGGGCUGGGGAGCCCCCUCCCGCUCCUCUGACUCUGUAUCUAUGCAAAGCACUCUCUGUCAGUCCUUUUGGGGGGUGGGGGUGGGCAGGGAGGGGCUGGGGCAGGCUCUCCUCUCUCUCUCUGGGUUGGCCGGAAGGGGCCUCCCUGCCCACCAGGGUGGGACGAGGGCGACUCUCGGGGCCAGCACCUGUGCUCUGGGAAGUACGUGUCAUGUGCUGGUGUGCUUUCUAACCCACGUGGAGAGGGCAGCAGGGCCCCCCGCCCGCCCCUCCGCACCGGGGCCAGAGCCCCACGUGCCUUGUCCCGGAGCUGCCCGCAGAGGGCGCCACACUACUCGAUGGGACCAGGGCCCCGGGCCCCCCAGCUCCCUUCUCUCCUCCCCUCCCCUGACUCACAGUUGCCAGGAGAAGAGGGGCUCCAGCCCCCCUGCCAGAGCCGCCGGUGGGGACGCCGGGCUCGCUCUGCACCAACCCUGGCCUUGCUUUGUCUGGACUCACGGCUCAGAUUUUCUAAGGACCAAAAAACACAACAAAAACCCAACAGACCUACAAAAUCUAAAAAUUUACAAAAAAAAAAAAAAAAAAAAAAAAAAAAAAAAACAGAAAAGACCAAAAAAAAAACCUCUAAAAAAACCUUCAGAGAAUUACUAUUUACUUUAUUAACUUACGGAUUUAUUAUAUAAAUAUAUAUUCACCUAGCAGCGUAUCUCUGCCGCCUCUCUCGCGCUCGUAAUGAAGACAUAGCUGAUGGCUCCCCCCACCCCCCGAUUCUGUCGGCCGCCGGGCCCGGGUCCUUGGGGACCCUCCCGAGGCACAGGUGGGCUGCCGGCCUGGCUGCCUGGUAGUUGAUGGUUUUGUUCCCCCCACUUUAUUUUUUUGAGUUUAUUCUGAUUGGUUAUUUUUCUUCUUGGUUUCUGGAUAAACCACCCUCCUGGGGACAAGAUAAUAAACGUGUCCUAUUUUUAAUAAGGA